AUGAAAUUUACAGAGCAACUUCUUGCAAAGCAUAGAAAGCAUUUCGAGAGGGCAACACAGCAUCCACUUGUUAAACAAUUAUGUGCAGGUACCCUCUCGGACAAAAUUCUUUGUAUAUAUGUCUCACAGGAUCUCAAAUACUUUUAUGAUUGUGGAAAGGCCAUGCUUAAAACUGCCUACUUAUGUCCUGAUGCAAAAGAUGUUGUGACAUUUAACAAACAGUUGGGCUUUUUCGCUAAUGAUGAGCAUGAUUACUUUGGGGAGACAAUUAAUUACUGCGUAAAGCAUGAUCCAUCUUUGAAAAAGUAUUUAAAAGCAGAUUUUAUUCUUCCAGAAGUUAGAAAUUAUAUGGCAUAUAUUAAAAGAAUUUCCUCAAGAAUUGAUGACUUCAAUUAUGGACAAAUGGUAACAUUCAUCUGGGCUAACGAAAAGAUUUAUCUUCAAUGGGCCCAAAAUGCUCUAAACAUACCGGAUUCCAUCCCUGAAGAUUUACACUGGCGAUUUAAGCAAUGGAUAACUCUUCAUAGUGGAAAUGCAUUUGAACAAUGGGUUGAAUUCUUGGAAGGUCAGGUGAACAAGUACGGUAGAAUAAGCGAAAUUGAACCAAUUUUUCUUAAGGUUACCGAUUUAGAAUUUGGGUUCUUUGAGGGGUGUUAUACAUGCAAGUGA